AUGUUCUGGGUGAUGUUAACAUUUUUGAUGGCAGUGCUGAUUCCUAAACUGGAAAUCAUGAUCCCAUUAGUGGGAGUAACAAGUGGCACACUUUGUGCCCUUGUCUAUCCACCGAUCUUUGAGAUGAUCACGUUUUGGACCGACUGGAAGGGUCUGCUUACUUAUCGAGAGCGGAUGACGAAAAUUGCGUUGAACUGCUUUGUGAUUUGCGUUGGUUUCUUUGCAAUAGGCGCUGGUCUCUACGCAAACGGGUUGGCCAUCUACCAGUCAUUUAUGAACCCCGAUUCUUGA